AUGGAUUCCCCAACCAGGAGCCACUCUCUCAAAUUGUCUGAAAAGACACAAGUAGACCAACAGGUGACAUCUGUCCAUGAAGGUUUCGAUUUUGAAAAGGUCCUACGGGACAUGGUCGACAGCCGCAAACAGGCUGGAAUCAUCCCUCGAGAACUUGGGGUGACUUUCAAAGAUCUUCAUGUCGUGGGCCUUGGUGCAGCUGCAUCUCACCAGGAUACCAUUGCUUCCACUCUUAAUCCUGUCAACCUCAUCAAAGUCAUUCAAAAUCAGCGCCACCCAGCCACUCGGGAUAUUUUAUCUGGAUUUGAAGGUGUCGUUCGUCCAGGAGAAAUGCUUCUCGUUUUGGGCCGUCCUGGAUCAGGAUGCAGCACAUUCCUCAAGAUUUUGAGCAACAAAAGAGACGAAUAUCAUGCUGUGAAUGGCGAUGUCCAUUACGACUCUUUCUCGCCGGAGACAAUCGCGAAGUCCUACCGCGGCGAUAUCCAAUACUGCCCAGAGGACGAUAUCCACUUCCCGACUUUGACUGUUUCGCAGACCAUCGAAUUUGCAGCACGAGUGCGCGCACCGAAGCAGCGCCUUGGUCUUUCGAGAUCCGAAUAUGCAAAGACCACCGCAGACACCUUGAUGACCCUCUUCGGACUUCAACACACAAAGAAUACCCCAAUCGGUGACGCCAUCCUCCGCGGAGUGUCGGGUGGUGAAAAGAAGCGCGUGUCUAUUUGCGAGGCCUUGGCUGCUAGGACAUGUCUCACCUCGUGGGAUAACGCUACACGAGGCCUUGACUCGUCGACUGCUUUGGAAUAUGUUCAAGCUCUACGCACUGCGACCGAUGUCUCCAGACUCACAACCAUCGUAUCACUGUACCAGGCUGGAGAGCAUCUGUACGAAUUGUUUGACAAGGUCUGUGUUAUCUACGAGGGACGAAUGGCCUACUUUGGACCCGCCAACCAGGCCAGGGAUUACUUCAUCAAUCUGGGUUACGAGCCUGCCCAUCGUCAGACCACCGCCGAUUUCUUGGUAGCGGUCACAGAUCCCAAUGCUCGAAUUCCCCGUCAGAUUGAAGCACCCCUGCCACGUACUGCCGCCGAGUUCGCUGCAUCCUUCGCACUCUCGGCCGCUGGUGAACGCAACCGGGACGACAUGAAUUCCUACUUGGCCGAAUGUCUUGCGGACGAGAAAGGCGUUGUUAACUAUAAACAAAGCGUCGUUGCUGAACACGCCAGAUACGCUCGCCGGACAUCCCCCUAUGUUGCUUCCCUCUUCACUCAGGCCUCUGCGGUUAUGGUUAGACGCUUCCACAUUGUCUUGGGUGCCAGAUUGGUUACGAUGAUUAACAUCAUUGGUUACAUCUUCCAAGGCAUUAUUAUGGGUACACUUUUCUUAAAGGCUCCUCAAGAAUCAUCGGCUUUCUACUCGCGAGCCGGUGUUCUUUUCUUCGCUCUUUUCUUGUCCGCACUCAUGUCCACAACUGAAAUUCCCGCCCUCUUCUCUCAACGACCCAUCAUCUUGAGGCAUCAACAGUGGGGUUUAUACCACCCAUUCAUUGAAGCGGUGGCACUUACUCUCGUUGAUGUCCCGGUCACCUUCUUCACAUCUCUGGUAUUCGGUGGUUUGGUGUACUCUCUCGUGGGGCUGCAAAAAUCGGCGGAACAAUUCUUCAUUUACCUGCUAUUUGUGUUCUUCACUGCUGUUCUCAUGCGAGCGUAUUUCCGAAGUUUGGCGGCCAUGUGUCAAUCCGAAGCUACUGCUCAAACUUUGGCUGGAAUGUCUAUCCUAUCCAUGGCCUUGUACACAGGCUACGUCCUUCCUGAUGCAUCCAUGAUUUGGGUCUUACGAUGGCUCACGUACAUUAAUCCUCUCAAAUAUGGAUUUGAAGGUGUCAUGUCCAACGAAUUCCGAACUUUGAACGGCUUGUGUACCGCUCUUGUACCUCAAGGGCCUAGCUACGCCAAUAUCACCCUCGCCAACCAAGUUUGCGGGACUGUUGGAGCUAUUCCCGGUCAACUCAGCGUACAAGGAAGCCGUUUCAUCAAGCUGUCCUUCAACUACACAUAUUCUCACCUUUGGAGGAACUUUGGCAUCCUCGUCGCCUUUGGGAUGCUCUUCUUUGGAUUACUCUUUUUGUUCACCGAAAUUAACACAUCCCUCACCGGUAUUUCUGUGAUGACCUUGUACAAGCGCGGUACCAAGUUGGACGACGCUGCGGAUUCUAACGAUGCAGGCUACACCGAGAAGCAGCCGGUUCAUGAAACGGGCUCAUCGAACGGCCGCAAAGACAAGGGCACUAAGCACAAGGAUGUCUUCUCGUUCACCCACCUUCGGUACCACAUCAACUUGCCCAAUGGCGACACAAAGCAACUUCUCGAUAAUGUUUCUGGCUAUGUGUUCCCCGGAUCGUUGACGGCGUUGAUGGGUGAAUCUGGAGCUGGAAAGACAACCCUUCUUAACGUCCUCGCCGAGCGAACCGAUGUCGGUGUUGUUACUGGUGAUCGAUUCAUCAAUGGCCAGGCACUUCCCGAUGACUUCCAAUCUCAAACUGGAUACUGCCAACAGCUUGAUACGCAUUUGCCUACCGCCUCUGUUAGGGAGGCGCUCUUGUUCUCUGCUAAAUUGCGUCAGCCUGUAACGGUCCCUCUCGCUGAGAAGGAAGAAUAUGUCGACAAAUGCCUUCACAUGUGUGGCCUUUGGAAUGAAAGGAACGCUAUUGUCGGAUCCCUCGGCGUGGAACUAAGGAAACGAACCACCAUCGGUGUCGAACUCGCGGCGAAGCCCAAAAUUUUGCUUUUCCUCGACGAGCCCACAUCUGGUCUUGACUCUCAGAGUGCCUGGAACAUUGUUGCCUUCUUACGAAGCUUGGCUGAUCAAGGCCAGGCUAUCCUGUGCACGAUUCAUCAACCUUCCGCUGAAUUGUUCCAUGUCUUCGAUCGCGUCCUUUUGUUGAGGAAGGGUGGCCAAACAGUCUAUUUCGGUGACCUUGGACACAAUGCUGAAACUUUGCUGCACUACUUCGACUCUAACGGCGCUCGCCCAUGUCUUCCUGAAGAAAAUCCUGCCGAGUAUAUGUUGGACGUUAUUGGUGCCGGAGCGACUGCCUUCAGCAGCAUCAACUGGCACGAAGUUUGGAAACGCUCCCCCGAGGCAGUCAGGACUGAGCAAGAAAUCGAGGAGAUCCACACAAUUGGACGAAGCCAACCUGCUGUCGAAACUGCUCUCAGGACUGAAUACCCCACCCCAUGGCGCAACCAGGUCAUCGAACUCGUCAAGCGAGGAGCUGCUGACCACUACCGCAACUCGGAAUAUCUGUUCGCGAAGCUCAUCCUCAACGUCGCUGGUGGCUUCUUCAUUGGUCUGUCUUUCUUCAAGAACCAGGACAGUAUGCAAGGCGUUCAGAACAGGAUCUUUGCUGUUUACAUGCUCCUCGUCUUGAGUCAACCGUUGGCAAACAUGUUGCAAGUUCCCUUCGUCGCAACCCGUACUAUCUACGAGGUCAGGGAGCGCCCAAGCAGAAUGUACAGCUGGACCGCCCUCAUCACUGCCCAAAUUCUGGCCGAACUGCCUUGGAACAUCCUGGGAUCCAGCCUUUACUUCCUUGUUUGGUACUGGACCUCCCGCUUCCCAUCCGGUCGCGCCGGCUACUCGUACUUGUCUGUUGGAGUUGUAUUCCCUCUCUACUACACUACCAUCGCCCAGGCUAUUGCAAGUAUGGCGCCUAGCGCAGAAAUUGCCCAGCUUCUUUUCGGGUUCUUGUUCUCCUUCAUCAUUAUCUUCAAUGGUGUGAUGCAGCCAUACAGGGAACUUAACUGGUGGAAGUGGAUGUACCGAGUUUCCCCCUACACCUACCUUCUCGAAGGAUUCGCUGGUCAAGCUCUCGGCCAUCGCCCUGUGUCUUGCUCUCCCAUCGAAUUCGUGACUGUUGAGCCGCCCAACAACCUCACAUGCGGCCAAUAUAUGGCCGACUUCAUUUCCACUGCCGGAGGUUACUUGCAAAACCCAGACGCAACAUCAGGUUGCCAGUUCUGCGGUGUAAACAACACUGAUCAAUAUCUUGCCUCUUACUUCAAUAUCUUUUACGACCAUCGCUGGCGAAACAUUGGGUUCAUGAUUGUAUUCUCAAUGUUCAACGUCUUUGCGAUUUAUACCCUGACGUACCUUUUCCGAAUCCACACUGGCAGCUUCUUGCCUUCCAGGAAGAGGAAAAGCUCAUGA